GUGCAGACAGUGCGGCUGUUGCUAGAGUCCGGUGCAGCUCAAGGCUUUACGGCCCGCGAGGUGGGCAAGACAGCUCUGACCUGGGCCUGCAUGAAUGGCCAUUCGGGGGUGGCACGCUUGCUCCUGGAAGCCGGUGCUGACAAAGAUUCGAUGGACUGGCAGCGCAAGACAGCCCUCAUUUGGGCGUCUGGCAACGGACAUGUUGAUGUAGUGAGCUUGCUGUUGGACUCUGGUGCGGCUAUGGACCUGAUCGACCAAGAAGGCAGCACGGCCCUCCACCGAGCAGCAACCAACGGCCACACUCAGGUCGUGCGCCUGCUGCUAGAAGCUGGCGCAGCCAAGGAUAUUGCGGACCAAGACAACAAGACCGCCUUGAUCUUGGCAGCUAAACAAGGCCGUGUUGAAAUUGUGCGCUUGCUCUUGGAAGCUGGAGCGGACAAAGGCCUAAAAGAUCGGGAAGACAGGACAGCAUACAAUUGGGCAUGGAUCUGCGGCCGCUAUGAGGUUUCUCAUUUGCUGCUGGACCCUGAGUCCGAACAGGACUUAAGUGAGAGACCGAGCCGGCGCAGCAGCUUUUACUGCGUUGCGCCAUUUCAAUUGUCACGUUAG